ACAAAAAAAAAACUGAAUACCUCACUGCAUGAGGGACUUACUAGAUUGUAGCAAAACACAUUAUCAGUUAAUGAGUCUACCUUAUAUGUGGGUACAGGUCAUAUGAGCACACACAAAACAAGCCCCAAAUCACUUAUGGACUGAAACUAAAAUUACAGCAGAAAUCAAGUCACAUAGUUUAUUAGAAGUGUGAUGACCACCUAGUGUUAAGUGUUAAACGACUAUUUUUCAUUUGUUUAUGUAUUUCAAUCAACUGAUUUCAUUUAAAACGAAUCUUCACAUAAUCACAUAAUUAUGUUCUGUUUGUGUGUGCCUUUGUGCAUAUGUGUGUGUUUCAAAAUGUUUUGCAAUAAUAAUAAUAUAUCACAUAUGUAUGACAUUUUCCUAAAAGUUAUGAUCAAAAGUUGGUUUUAGAACCUGCUGUAAUAUGAGUGGUGUUCAUUAAAUAUAGUGCACACCACGUACAACCCGGGAACAUUUGCAUCUCAUCAGUGCACUGAGACAGACUUCCUAUAGAUUGCAACAGUCAAGGACCGGCAGAUGAGAAUCCUGAUCCCAGGCCUGCUCAGUACAUGCAAGAAGCGGACGUGCGUUGCAUAGACUAGACGCUGCCGUAGUGAGAUCCACCGAUACAGCCGUACACAGGCUCACCUUCCCCUCUGCGUGCUCCCGACCUCCACUCAGCUUUUACAAACAUUUUUGUUGGAGGGGGUGUGGGGGGGUUUACUGGCUAAUACGACCUCUGAGAACUAAUAUUUUAGUUGUCGCUGCUGAGGCUGCGGGUGCGUAAUUGCGCCAUGCCUCCGCACCACACUGUCUGCUUUUUUAUUUCUCAAGACGAACGGGAGACCUCCGCCAUCGGUGUCAAUUGAGAUGUGUUUCCUGAGCCGCUUGUCUGCUGAACGGACGCCUUCCGAUAUGGUGUGCAAAACUAAACCAGGCUGCUUCUGUUCAGGAGAGGAUGGAACAACAGACAGGGAUGCUUUCUGUACCGGACACUAGUGAGAUGAAGGAUAAGAAGAAAAGAAGAAAUAUUAAAUGGCUUUUGUUUAGAGUUGUUUUUUUGUUUUGUUUUUUUUUUUGGUGGGGAUCAGUGCACGUCGGGAUGGAUGUGAUCCGAUGUUGAGCGGAUGCUUGUGAGUGGAAUUUAUUCCUGACAGUUUUUUUUUUCCUGUUCAAGGGGCGGUGGAUCGCGUUGAUGUUGUUUUUCCAUUCAGCCCUGGCAGGAUACUACCGCUCGUCGAUGAAUUGAUGUGGGAAUACAGUCAACCUCGGCUGCAUAGAUGGCAAACACAAGUGAGUUUGGGGAGAGCAGCCCGUCCUUACAGAACUAUGCGUCCACGGCCUCUGCGGUCAAGUUGGCCUCCCUGGGUCUCAUCAUGGGCAUCAGCCUGCUGGGCAACGCGUCGCUGUCGCUGCUGCUGCUGAAGGACAGCUCGUUGCACAAGGCUCCCUACUAUUUCCUCCUGGACCUGUGCCUGGCAGACGUGGUCCGCUCCGCCGUGUGUUUCCCCUUCGUGAUGGCAUCGAUCGGCGGCGGCUCCGCCUGGCCGUACAGUGCGCUCAGUUGCAAGAUCGUCGCUUUCAUGUCGGUGCUUUUCUGCUUCCACGUAGCCUUCCUGCUCUUCUGCGUCAGCGUCACCCGGUACAUGGCGAUCGCCCACCACAGGUUUUACUCCAAGCGAAUGAAUCUGUGUACGUGCGUGGCGGUGAUCUGCAUGGUGUGGACUCUCUCCGUGGCCAUGGCUUUCCCCCCGGUAUUCGACGUGGGCACCUAUAAGUUCAUCCGUGAGGAGGAGCAGUGCAUCUUCGAGCACCGCUAUGUGAAGUCGAACGACACCCUGGGCUUCAUGCUGAUGCUGGCCGUCAUCGUGGGGACGACCCAUGUGGUUUACAUUAAGAUGUUGUGCUUCGUCUACGAUCACCGUAAAAUGAAACCGGCCCAGCUGGUCCCGGCCAUCAGCCAGAACUGGACCUUCCACGGCCCCGGAGCCACCGGGCAGGCCGCCGCCAACUGGAUCGCCGGCUUCGGCCGCGGACCCACCCCGCCGACGCUGGUCGGCAUCAGGCAAGCCUCUCACCCCGGUAACAGGAGGCUGCUGGUGCUGGAUGAAUUUAAAAUGGAGAAACGCAUCGGGAAGAUGUACUACAUGAUCACACUGACUUUCCUCAUUCUGUGGGCUCCUUACAUAAGCGCUUGCUACCUGAGAAUAUUUGUGCGGGGGGCUCCGGUCCCGCAGCUCUACCUGACCGCUGCGGUGUGGAUGAGCUUCGCCCAGGCGGGAGCGAACCCCAUCAUCAGCUUCCUGUUCAACAAGGAGCUCCGGAUGCGACUCAGAGCCUGUUUCCCCUGCUGCCUGGGAACACAGACGCCCAUGGAGCCAUACUGUGUCAUCUGAACCACACUGGCCCCUCAAAAUACUGCCAAAGACACGUUUGUAGUAUCUUGUUCCAGAAUGUACACAGACUGGUCCCACAAAAUGUGUUGUGCACAUGCAGACAGGGAUUUUGUGGAGGCUGAGCCCACUGCAGUUCAGUUUACCUACAUUUUUUUUUUAUUUGUGGCAAAGAGUUUACCAACUAUUUAAAACAGAUUUAAGGAGAAAAAAAUGUGCUCAUCAGAGUCAGACUGAUUAAAGCUAUGAGGCAUAUUAAGGCAUAGAAGCAUAAUGUUAUUGGGUAUCAUAUUCAAGCCACCUUUUAAUUUACACCUUUGCAUGUACUGUAGGUGACAUUCAUUCCAAAUAUAGAAUGUAACCCUUAUGAAUAAUAUGUGCCAUGUUAUGUUCUACAUUUGGAGAUUUUUUUCCCCUCAUAUGUGCCAUAUUGAGUAUAUCAACCUAUUCUAGUCCACUACAAUAUUGUACAUGAAUGUCAUUUUGGCUAUUUGUUUGUAUAUUUUGAAAUUAUAUUCCAACGCCCCUGUCUGAGGUUGUUUGCCUUCUGCAGAACUGACGACUGAAACACAACAGAACUAUCAGCUGAUUGGAAUCUCUGACAUCUGCCACAUACAGAUCUCAGUAUAUUUUUUUAAUUAGGACAUUGUCACGUUUGUAAAUACUGUAAAGCCCCAUCCCCUCUUUCCUUCAGCUUUUUUCAACCAGGUAUGUUGUAUAUUUCAUAAUCUCUUAGAAUUCUUUGUGUUGGGACAAGAUGUUAGAAAUCACUUUCAAAGUAUUUUUGAAGUCUUACUCAUCUUCAUGGGUCGUUUGUGUCAAGAAAUGGGUCGAUUCACAUUCCCUGCAGGAUAUAGAUUACAGAUUUCACUUUUCUAUAAACUAUAGACAUUGGGACAAAUGUUAACAAUCUGGUGCUUUGGAAAGGAUGUUUGCAUUGUUUGUAUUUCUUAGCAAAUAAAUAAGAAAUGGAUGAUAAGUUGUUUUGGACUCUAUCAUCUGUUUUUAACAAGA